GAGAGAGCGCUGCUGCUCUUGUCGGCCUUCUAGUCUGAGGCCCGUAUCCAUAUAUCGAGGAUGGAUGACCACCGGCCCACUCGAAGCCCAGGUGGUUUGCAAUGGAAUCGAGGCGACGCCAGCUGCUCUGCCUUUUGAAAAGGGAGUGAGUUGGAGGAGCGGCAUUGAAAUGGCGUGCCUACCCCUGACAACUUGAGUUGCGAGCCACCACGUUGGAGGAGGAGGAGCAGAUAUCCUCCAUCAAAUGGGGUGCGUGUCGUCGGCGUUCCUGGAGGAAGAAGCCGAGGACGGCCGCCGCCGCAUCAUCUCCCACCACCACAUCGUCUCCCUCACCUCCUCCACCUACGGCAUCCUCACCUACUCCGACGCCGAGCCGGUUCAUUCCCCGCCGCCGCCAACAACCACCACCACCACCUCCGCGCCUCCACCGCCGCCGCCGCCUCCUCCUCCUCCCCCGACGAAUCUCAAACCCGAAUCCCAUCCCCAGCCCCAGCCGGAGGAGGUCAUCAACUCCUGGGAGCUCAUGGCCGGCCUCCUCGACCCCUCCACCCCGGCCAGGCCUCCCGCCCCGUCUCCUUCCUGCAAGCCUAAACGCCGCAUCCGCUUCCCUCUCCGCCCAAUCGACGGCAACGCCAAGCCAGGCGCAGGCGCCCCUCCCCCGGCCCCCGCGGUGCUCUACACCACCUCCCUCCGCGGGGUCCGCGCCACCUUCGAGGCCUGCAACGCCGUCCGCGCCGCGCUCCAGGCCCACGGCGUCGCCUUCAGGGAGCGAGACGUCUCCAUGGACCGGGGCUUCAGGGAGGAGCUCCGGCAGCUGCUCUCCCCCGCCGCCUGCUCGCUCCCCAGGCUCUUCGUGCGGGGCCGCUACGUCGGCGGCGCGGAGGAGGUGCUGCGCCUGGACGAGCAGGGCCUGCUCGCGCCGCUGCUGGAGGGCCUGCCCAGAGGCACCUACUGCUGCGACGGCUGCGGCGGCAUGAGCUUCCUGCCCUGCUUCGACUGCUCGGGGAGCCGCAAGGUGGCCGUGCCCGUGCCCGGCACGCAACCUGGCUGCAGGCGGCGGCGGACCACGGUGGUGGUGCGCUGCGGGGAGUGCAACGAGAACGGCCUCGUGCUCUGCCCGAUCUGCUCCUGAUGAAAUCAAGCAGCCCCAUUCAGCCCCUCUCCUUUGUUUCCUCCUCCUCCUCCUCCUCUAGUGCAGGAGUAGUACUUACUAAUCAAGUUUCACCAAUCUUGGAAGGAAUGGGAGAUGAGUGGUUGUAAUCAAA